UUGACUGUGAAACUUUUUUUAAUUAACAUAUAAUAUUUUUAUUAUGAAAUAUAUUGAAUCUUUGGUGCAUCUUGCUACAAAGAUUUAUUCGUCACACACUGUUACACACUCACCACUGUUAUACAUCGAAUAAAAUCAAUGGCUUAUUUGUUCCAGCUAUGCAUUUUUUCAAACAGUUGGCGUUCGACGGUUUCCAAUGCGUCAAUUCUGCUGCACUGAACUUGUUUGUUCUACAAAUCAAUGAGGAGGAAUGCCUUCGCCGCUCUCUACCGUCAUCGCGGUGCCAUUCCUAUGUCCGCAAAUUUACGGCAUGAGAAUGCCACUGAAAUUAUCUUACGAAGAUGCGUGCCACUGGAAUAUUUGAAACAUAUUGAGGUUGUCAAGAGGCUGGAUUGCUGGUCCCCUUCUUGCUUGUUGCACCGAAAUUCAUAUUCAACUGGUUUCACUAGCGUGCAUGGCGAAACGCCAUCUGCUGAGUAUGCAAGGUUGAGGAGGGAAUCGCUGGAAAAUAAAUUUGGGCUUGCUCUUGGAACUUAUGGCUCUAAGAGUUUCAAACUUAUCUACCGGUUUGGUCCCUUUUUGGCUUUGUACAGGGCAGCAAUUAUUUCUUUUCACGUGAUAAGGUUAACAAUAUGGCAGUUGUUCGUUCAAGACAUAGAAAAACGUGCAAUUAAGUUUCGUGAAACUCUAAUACGCUUGGGUCCUUUCUACAUUAAGCUUGGGCAGGCAUUGAGCACCAGGCCUGACAUAUUACCAACUGUAUAUUGCCAAGAACUUGCUAAGUUACAGGAUCAAAUACCCCCAUUUCCAACUGAUGUUGCAAUCAGAUCUAUUGAAACCCAGUUGGGUGUUCCUAUUGAUGAAAUUUUUAGUGACAUUAGCCCAGCACCAAUUGCAGCAGCAUCCUUAGGGCAAGUUUAUAAAGCUCACCUGCAUUCUGGGGAGCUCGUAGCUGUAAAAGUACAGAGGCCCGGUAUGUCACUUUCGUUGACUCUUGAUGCUUUGUUAUUCCAUAUGAUUGGGGGCCAAUUAAAACGGUUUGCCAAGGCUCGCAAAGAUCUUUUAGUAGCAGUAAAUGAAAUGGUCAGGCACAUGUUUGAUGAAAUUGAUUAUGUCCUGGAGGGAAAGAAUGCUGAGCGCUUUGUUUCUCUCUACUGUUGGUCUGCAAAUGGUAAUAAAAAGGGCCACAAAAAUGCAGGUGGAGACAAUAUUAAACACAAAAUAACAAAGUCCAUCAAAGCUCCAAAAAUAUAUUGGGACUACACUUGCACCACUAUACUGACUAUGGAGUGGAUAGAUGGAAUUAAGCUUACAGAUGAAACAGGCUUGCGUAAAGCUUCUUUGAACAGAAAGGAACUCAUCGACCAGGGAUUAUACUGCUCUUUGAGGCAACUGCUGGAAGUUGGUUAUUUCCAUGCUGAUCCUCAUCCAGGAAACCUUGUUGCAACAAAUGAUGGAUCAGUUGCAUAUUUUGACUUCGGAAUGAUGGGGGAUAUUCCUAGGCAUUACCGGAUUGGACUUAUUCAAAUGAUUGUGCACUUUGUUAAUCGUGACUCUCUGAGCUUGGCAAAUGACUUUCUUUCUUUGGGAUUUAUUCCUGAAGGGGUUGAUAUACAUUCAGUUUCUGCUUCACUGCAAGCAUCAUUUGCUCACCGGAACAGUGAAUCUCAAGAUUUCCAGGGAAUUAUGAACCAACUAUAUGAUGUCAUGUAUGAAUUUAACUUCUCCCUCCCGCCAGACUAUGCUCUUGUUAUAAGAGCAUUGGGAUCACUAGAAGGCACAGCUAAAGCUCUGGAUCCUGAUUUUAAAGUUAUUGAGAGUGCAUAUCCUUUUGUCAUCGGGAGACUUAUAGCAGAUUCAAGUCCUGAUAUGAGAAGAAUUUUGAGGGAACUUCUCAUUCGUAACAAUGGAUCCAUAAGGUGGAACCGGCUAGAGCGCCUGGUAGCAGCAAUAUCUGAACAGGCUUCUGAGCUAACUGGAGACCCUACUUCUGAAAAGCUUUCAAGUCCUUCCGUUUGGAAAUUAUUUGACAUGCAUGCUGUCGUUGAUUCAGCUGAAGAUCUUUUAUUAUUCAUAUUAUCAGACAAGGGUCACAGAGUGCGUCUUUUCCUUCUUCGUGAUGUAGUAGAAGCAGUUGAUGCGUUUCUGCAAGAUGAAGUGAUUGAUUGCGUGUUAAAUGAGAAGCCUCAAGGCCAGAGAAUAUUGCUAUUUGAGGAGGGUACUAUCCUCGCUAGGAUUGGAAAAGGCUUUCAAUACCUCCGUGAGGUGGUGAAGUUGGCACCAGGGGAGUGGACAGCAAUGCUUAUUCGGAUGGCAGUGAAGCCUGAGGUUCACAAAUUUGCUUUAGACAUUAUUUCAGCUUUAGCUUUGCAUUGUAGCCACAAAUUGCAGGUCGCUUCUUGGCUCUAUUUGUCAAGACUUCUUCACAAAUUGUCAAAUUGAUGUAGAAAUACAGCCGUUGACAUUAGUGGGCUAGAAACGAGUGAAUGUUUCCUCUGCAUAUUCUUAGCAUGAAAAU